CCAACCUAUUCCGCCGACCUCAAAUAUCGCUCCUCCACAUACCGAAUUCUACAGAACUCUUUUAUUCCUCGGAGAAGAUUUUUCAUUUCAGUCGGUCGAGAACUCUCAAUCUAGGGUUUGUUUUCGAUCUUCUCCAAGAAUAUAUUUAUUUUAAUACUUUUGUUUGCCGAAGCUUGGGGAUAAGGAGCCUCCUGGGUCGUUUGGUUUAUUUAUAAUCAUCAACUUUUCGAAAAAUUGAAUGAUCUGAUGGAGUCAAAGGGUGGGAAGAAGAAAUCUAGCAGUAGUAAAUCCCUAUUCUACGAAGCUCCCCUCGGUUACAGCAUUGAAGACGUUCGACCGAACGGUGGAAUCAAGAAAUUCAGAUCUGCUGCAUACUCAAACUGCGCUCGCAAGCCAUCAAUGGACAUGCCAGUCUCUGCAAUUGGGUUUGAGGGUUAUGAGAAGAGGCUCGAGAUCUCUUUUGUUGAGCCCGGAGUAUUUGCUGACACCGGCGGCUAUGGCCUCCGCGCGCUUACCAAAGCACAGUUGGAUGAAAUCUUAGAUCCAGCACAAUGCACCAUUGUUGCAUCUCUGAAGAACGAUGAUGUCGACUCCUAUGUCCUGUCCGAGUCGAGCCUCUUUGUCUACUCAUACCAGAUAAUUCUGAAAACUUGUGGCACUACAAAACUGCUGCUGUCCAUCCCACCGAUUCUGAGGUUGGCUGAUGGACUUGGACUGACUGUGAGCUCUGUUAGAUACUCCCGUGGAAGCUUCAUAUUCCCGGGUGCUCAACCAUUCCCCCACCGGAGUUUCAACGAGGAAGUUGCUGUUCUUGACGACCAUUUCUCCAAACUUGGACUGAUGAGCGAAGCCUAUGUGAUGGGAGAUGCUGAUGAGCACGAGAAGUGGCAUGUCUACUCAGCCUACUUGAAGCCGUCGAGUGAUGUGGAACCUGUGUACACCCUUGAGAUGUGCAUGACCAAUCUGGACCAGAAGAAGGCCUCUGUGUUCUUCAAGAACCAAUCCAGCUCUGCUGCUAUCAUGACCGAUGCGUCUGGCAUCAGGAACAUCCUCCCUGAAUCAGAGAUCUGUGACUUUGAUUUUGACCCAUGUGGCUACUCCAUGAACUCGAUCGAGGGAGGCGCGGUGUCUACUAUCCAUGUCACCCCAGAAGAUGGCUUCAGCUAUGCAAGUUUUGAAACAGGCGGGUAUGAUUUUGGGAAGGUAGACUUGACUCAGCUCGUGGAGAGGGUGUUGGCGUGCUUCAACCCGGCCAAAUUCUCCGUGGCUGUGCGAGCUUCUGUUGCUGGGAAGGAGCUUGAGUCUGCUUUUAAACUGGACAUUGCAAAGUAUGGUUGUGCAGAGAGGAGAUGCGAGGUGCUCGGUGAUGGUGGAUCUGUUAUCUACUGCAACUUCACUAGUGCCGCGGGCUGUGGAUCUCCAAUGUCGACUCUGCACCAAUGCUGGAGUGAGAGCGAGGAUGAGGAAAUCGAAAAGAAAUAAAUUUUCUUUUGAGUCUCCGUUUCUAUGAAUACUAUUCUACUAGGGUUCUUGCUCAGUUUCUGAGAUAUGUUGAACUUGUUUUGAAAUUUUUUUAUGAUUUAGUCGUUUGUGUUUUGGUUUUUUACUUUUCCAGUGCUGUUAUAAAAGAGGGGCAUUUUACUGUACCCUCUCUUUGAUAUAUAGGUAUUGUUAUUUGCUUUUA